ACCGGAACUUCCUCAAGGCUAAUUGAUUCAUCGUUUGACUAUACAAGCGAGCAGACGGUUUGGAUAUGAACACACUGUGUUUGAAUUGUUUGGAGUCAAUAGCUAGAAAUUUAAUCAAUUCAUAGAAAGGUGGAAAAGGGGGACAGGGGUGAAAUGACGACACGUAGGAGAAAGCCCAGCCCCCCGCACGAUCAACAACUGGUCUCCACCCGAGAUAUUUCUGCAGGGGUCGAUGCCUUUAUCUCUUAUCAGCAGCAGAAGGAGAAAACUGCGUCCACCAAAGCUAAGGUUUCCAUGAAGACCGUGUCGCAAGGCAUGAUGGAUGUCUCUCUCCUGACGUCAAACGCUUCCCAGCUCCGGACGGCACUCCUACACCCCAAAUACGACUUCUUCUGGCCCCUGGUGGGUCUUAUCCUAGUCUCCAUGGGUCUACAGAUCGUAGCGAGGGUCCUCAUGUUGUGGUCCGACUAUCUGAAAGACUCCGUCAUUGAUGCUGGAAAGAAACGGAAGCAGCUACAAUUUGUAGCGUUAGUUAUCAUGUCAUUCAUUACCAUGGCCAAUGCCCUCAUCUCUGUGUUCAGUGUGUCUGGAUCCUAGCGAUCAAUGUUAACAUGUAUUUAAUAAGACAAUUAGAUAUACCAUCUUUGGUGUUUCAUAUGGAAUAUGAAGGUAGAAAGCAUUACAGAAAAAAAUCCGUGUGGUUUGGUAAAGUAAUAUUUUGACCGCUACCUUCAUAACAGGUUUUAACCACCAAGGAAAGCUGUUCAUUUUUUUGAGUAUCAGUUACAUUGAUGUCAACUCUAAAAGAUCUACCGUUACUUAAAUCGUGCAGUUAUUUGUUUUAUCAUCUUAAGUUUUAAAACUUUAUCGAUUGAUCUCGGAAUAAACCACAAAAAUAAACUCCAAAGAAUGAUAAAACAAGACUGGACUACUUGUAACAGCACUAGCAUCGCGUUUAUACAUAUUUUUGAAACACAAUGAAAAAAAUUUCAUUAAAAACAAUUUCAGAAUAAGUUUUAAUUACUGGUUAACUAAUUUAGUAGAGAAUGUGGAAAAUACGAACGUAAACCUUCUUUGAAGGUUCAGUUGGGUUAUGAGUUACUUAUGACUGUAGCGAUGAAUGCAGAAAAAUAAUAUUACCCUCUUGACCUUCUAUGUAUUAUUUUUUUCAUUGUCGCUACCAUCAUACUAGAAUGAACUUCAUUGUUUUGUAGCUAUCGCACGAAUGGUUUGAACAUAUUUUAUUGUAUAAACAUAUACAAAUGGUUCGAACACAAGUUCUUACAACUUACGAGGUUCUUACCAAGUAUAACAAUUUACAACUGUAUAGUAGUUUAGAAUGGAAAGUACAUAGAAAUGGAUAUUACUAAUAUAGUUAAGUUAUUGAACAAACAUACAUGUAUAAACAGUUCUGUUGAAUUUGGUUUAGGCAGUUAAAUUGAAAUUACAAGAAUCUGCCACAAUCUCUUAUAAAUCUUUGAACAGCUAAAAAAAUAUGUUGGUUUAAAUUGACAAUUCAUUUCGUGCAUUGGUAUAAUUUUUACAACCAAAAAACAAAUGAUAAGAAUCUUCUGGUAAUCCGCAUUGGCAAUUAGGGCUUUCAAUAAUAUUUUUUCUGAAAAGGUCGAAGUUUAAGAUACAGUUAUGUCUAAGUUUUGUGUGUAUGAUGUUAAGUCGUCUCUUGCCGAAACAAAAAUAGGACGGAGGUUUAAUUUGGUUUAAUUGAAUACUGCUUUUGAAACUUGUAAAGGAGGAAUUGUUUCUGAUAAGUAAACUUAAACUAUU